AUCUACCCGUGCGUCUUCAUUAGGUCCAUAAGUAGCAAUUAUUGUUAUUUUGCAGCCUUUUAAAUUGACAUUAACUUUUAUUGUUCUAUCGCUUAUUGCUUCCCAGCUGGAGACGUUCUUCUUAUACUUCUCAUGUAUAAGGAGCGAUAUACCCCUUUUUGCAUGUUCUUCUUUGUUAACGCCGCUGUAUAUGUGGAUAUAUUCCCCGAGUGUUUGUGUACCUUGUCCUUUUUUCUUUGUUUCAGAGAGAGCAAUAAAGUCCAGUUUAUGUUUUUUAAUUUCUUGUAAAAUGUCAUCUACCUUCGUUCUAAUUCCCUGUAUAUUCCAUGUUCCACAAAUCAUAGUCCGUUUUCGUUGCCAUUGUCGUUUUCCAUUUUGAUCAUCCAUAUUCCGAGGCCUAGUUUUCGGAUUUUUAGCCAAAAGAAGUUUUUUCCAAGUGAUAGGGGGCUGGCCUAUCGACUUGACCCUCCUCCUUUACCCGGGCUUGGGACCGGCAGUUGUGUCCAGUGGGCUACUCAAUCCACCACACCGAAACACACCAGGCGGAGUUGCCACUUGUUUUCUUUGUAACAAUAAAUAGAAUAAACAAGUAGUAUUAUUUAAAUUCAAACAUCACCCGAAUUCCAUUAGUCACCAUGUCACAGUUGCUGAGAGUAAACAGCAUCAAUCAUGAAUUUACCUUUCAACCUACUACGCCUAUUGUGGUCGAUCCGAAUAAUGAUUACGAAAUAGCUUUGCGAUCUUUUCAUUCUUAUCACAGUAUACCAAACAUUGAAAAUUGUAAGUUUUACUACUACGAUACCAAGGGCAAGCUUCAAAGUUUUGAUUUUUCCACAGGAUGUUACGAAAUUGCCGAUCUUGAAGCGUUUAUACGAGAUAAACUGGGUGUGGACAAUUCAACUAGACCAGAGGGUAUAUUUUCACUAAAACCCAAUCACAAUACGUUGAAAUGUGAAAUUUCCAGUAAAUACAAAAUUUCAUUCAAAGAAGAUAAUAGUCUUGGGAGAAUUUUGGGUUUUUCACCGAAAAUACUCGACGCAAACAAAAUACACUCGUCAGAUCUCCCCGUCAAAAUCAUUAAAGUAUCUAGUAUUCGCUUCGAUUGUAACAUUACCACUGGAGCCUUCGAUGCAAACAGACCUGCUCAUACUAUAUACGAAUUCGUCAUACAAGUGGAUCCAGGAUAUUCCAUAGACGAAAUUCCUCAUAAUUUGCUCUAUUUACCUGUUAUACCACAACGUGAAAUAACCAAUAUCACCGUCAUCGCUUUAGACCAAGACGGUCAGCCUGUAAACUUUCGUGGAGAACUAAGUACGUUGGUGUUGGAGCUUAGAGCGCGAAGCAAAUGGGACUAAUAAUAAAUCAUAAAAGACAGUCUACAGAGCAUUCAACUUCAUUAGAUAAGCUACCAUCAAAGCUGAAGCAACUCACGUUCGCAAACAAAUUGGUUCUGCAAUCGUUGGGUUUUAAAUUGAAAAAUGACAACAAUGUAUGGAAAACGUCAACGCCAAAACGACAACAUGCCUCCAAUGUUUGAUAUCUACCGUAAGCCGAUGUUUGACGAUUCAAUUCGAAAGGCUGAAUACAGAACCUAUGCUCCAUUUAUAAAGUCAUUCAAUUGCAGUGACAUUGUGGAGUUUAGCAUUAAUCAGGUUGAUUCGUUCUUUGCAAUGAGCGAAACUUUGUUGUGCAUUAAAGGUUCGCUUGAAAUACACGGAGCUGGUGACGUAAAAUUAGCAAAUAAUGUUGGAGCCUUUCUAUUCGAUUCAUGUACGUACAGUGAAAGUGCCAGGGAAAUGGAAACAGUUCGGGAUCCUGGAAUAGUGAGUGCCGUACGUGCUAUGACUUGUUAUAACCAAGAAGAUUCCAAUCAUAUGGCUAUAGCCGGCUGGAAUUACCCGAAAGAUCCUAUUCUGAAUGUUAGCGACAAGUCCUUCAACCUUCAAAUACCUCUCAAACAUAUUUUCAGCAUUUUCAACGAUUAUUCAAUGAUUACAUGUGGGCGUUAAACAAUACGACUAGUUCGGGCACGAAAUGAUAAUGAUUGCUUAUACAUAUAUUACUGAAAAGAAUGUCUCUGGAACGCUCUCCACUACAACAGCUAAAAUAAACAUUACAAGCGUUGAGCUAAAAGUUAAACAUAUCUUUCCUAAUGACGACAUAAAAUUAAAUCUCAUGAAAUCCAUUCAAAAAGAUCAACCUAUAGUUAUUCCAUUUAGGAAGUGGGAGUUACACGAAUUACCCUCAAUUACUAAAGGAGCAAGACAUGAAGUUUGGGCUGUCAAGACAUCCACUUCAGUUGAAAGACCUCGUUUUGUUAUUGUUUUCUUUCAAACCGACAAACGUAACUUGAGUACAGCUGACCCGACUUUAUUUGACAAUACCGACGUACAAAGUAUAAGAAUGUCACUCAAUGGUGAUUAUUGGCCCAAUGAAAGAAUGCAAUUGGAUUUCGCUAAAAUUGAUUACAAUGAAGCCUAUUUUAACUAUACUGAAUUCUAUCCCAACUACGCAAACUCCACACAGAAGUGCCCCCUGCUGGAUUAUUCUUCUUUCAAGAAACGAGCAUUGUUUGUUAUCGAUUGUUCAAAACAGGAGGAAAGCAUGAAGGCAUCCACAGUCGAUGUGAAACUUGACAUUGAAGCAAACAUAGGUUUUCCCGAAAAUACCAAAGUCUAUUGCAUCAUAAUUCACGAUUGUGUAAUGGAAUACUUCCCCCUCACCGAAAUUGUUAAAAGCUUGAACUAGAUGUUGUGAGUUAGUGUUCGAGCAGACGUCAACAUGAGAGUAGCUUUUGUAGACAUUCAAGGUUUUGUCGUAGACGGUCUUUUCGUUGCCAAAGAGCUCACCAUAGAAAUUGGCUUCAAAAGUUCACAUUACAUAUUUUUUACCACCGCAACCGUUUUCUGCAUUAAGUAACGAGGACAAAAAGACCACAUCAUACUUGGAAAGAAAUGUGCACGGCAUUCGAUACUCUUCAGGAGAUGUAGAAUAUUCUAAAGUAAAUGAAAUAUUAGAAAGCAAGUUAUUGUAUGUCGCAGACUACAUUUACGUUCGAGGACAACAAAAAGUCGAGUUUCUGCAAGAGAAAUGUCACAUUUUCGGUAUUUUUCCACAUAUUAUUGACGUUUGCAAAUUUGAUGGUACACCCUGUGAAACUGGAAACUUUGCUCAAGAUCCAAACCCCUGUCACGCAUCUGGACUAUUUUCAUGUACUGAAAGAAAUGUACAACGUCUCCGUCACUGGUUUUUAAAUACUGUAUUACCAUUAUAAAUAAAGUUUUUUUUUUUUAAAUAUGGGUUUUAUUGAAACACUCUGUAUAUUCAUCAACUUUUAUAUUACACGAAGAUUGAAAUUUUCGUUUUACAAUUUUCAAAAUAAUUUUUAAAAUUAAAACAAAUACAGCCACUAAUAUUACACAUGACAUAGCAAAAACAGAAUUAAUUUCAUUUUUUAUAUCCCCUUCUGUUCUGUUGAACAUGGUGUAGGUUGAAUACGUCUUAACGGAUAAGUAGUUUGCGGCAGUCUACGGGCCAACUGAUGGACCUAUCAGACACCCAGUGAAGACUGCUCCACGUCACUUUCUUAUCAAAUAAACUAAGAUUCUGUAUUUGUUUCAUAACCUCACUUUUAUCUCCAUAGAAAGCAAUAUCUUUCUUUAAUUCACCAAUGCUAUUAAUAAACUCUUCAAUUCGACGUCUGUACUCUUCUGAAGACAUAUUACGAAAGAGAACAUUCUCAUACGUAGACACGUUUGAUGGUCGUUUGACGCAGCACUUGACGUUUGACUUAACGACGUGACGUUUGACAUAACGACGUGACGUUUGACGUAACGAUGUGACGUUUGACGCAACGACAAGAGAGAUACAUUUCAUGAAUAUUGUUUUUACUGCUAUUACAUAAAGAUAUAUUGGAAACUAACAAAAACACAAGAAUUUUAAAAAUAAUUUUAUUAUAAGAAAACGACAAUAUUCUACAUUUAUGAGAGAGAUACAUUCCAUGAAUAUUGUUUUUACUGCUUUUUCUUAAAUAAAAGCUCACAUUAUCGCUGAAACUCUUUAUUACUCUCGUGACUGUCAUAAUAUAACACUUAUACAUGAAGGAUGACAUCACAAUGACCAGUGGAAAGAAAAAAAAAAUAAAAAUACAUUUCUAAUAAAGCCCUGUUGGGCACAGACUUAUGUCUAACACUAACAACGCUCAUAUAAAUCACCUAAAACGCAUACUAAAAAACUAUGAUAAAACAGAUAUUUUGAUGUGGCAUUAUGAACCGCCAACGUUCAUAAUACCGCAAAAACACAGGAAUAAUUUUAUAAUAAGAAAACGAUAAUAUUCUACAUUUAUGAGAGAGAGAGAGAGAGAUACAUUCCAUGAAUAUUGUUUUUACUGCAUAGCGGCCUCAAAAGUAUCAAUGUCACUGUCUAUAUCAGAAUCAUCAAAACUAUUAUUUCUAGGCAUCUCAUGUAAAUUAUUAAUACAGGACUCAUGUGAUUUUAUCAUGAAUAAGACUUUGUUAAAACAACUCUGACACCAAUAGGACAUUUCUUGAUAUACACAUUCAACAAUUUCGUCACCAUCAAAUACUUCAUGACAGUGAUCAUAAUUAACAAAAAUGUUCUUUUUUAAAUAUUUAUGGACCUUUCUAAAUACAAAAUAACAUGAUUUACAAACAUUUAUACGAUAUUGUGGAAGCCAAUAUCCACUAGACCAUACGCAGUAAGUAGAUUCUUCAAACAUAUCUCCCCAAUUUGUUUUACUUAAUAUAGUGUUUCUUAAAUAUAACGGUAUUUCUUUAUUAUAGUCAAUAUAUUCUAUUCCAAUGGAUGAAGAAUUUGGAUUACUCUCAGCCUCUUUUAUCAUCGCAUUCCAUUUGUAAACAGGAAAUUUUUUCACAAUUUUUUCGGUCAAUUUCCGAGGAAGAGGGGAUUGCUCUGCGAAAUCGGCUGCUGACUUUAUCGUUUCACAAAUUUUUAUGAUGCAUAAUUCCAUUAAUGUUGAGGAGUUCAUUAUCUACAAGAGACGAUCCGACCACUUUGAGAUUGUUCUUCUCCUAGCCAUGCGUCGAUUUCCUGGCAAUUUGCCGCCUAUGGUGUAUAAAAAACACGACUCACCAACCAUCAGAUCAAUGGGGGGUAUCCCGCAAUAACUUGUGCCGCGCUCGCCGAAACUGUGCGAUAUCCCGCAAUCACCCGGAGAAGACCCUUUCGUUGGAGUGAGGUAAGUAGGUUCUUAUAUUUUCAAUUUUCAGGACAUCACUCCAUGCCGGGGAUGCAUAUAGGACCACACUGUGAAGGACCCCCGCGAGUAGCCGCCGUUUCAUGUAUCCAGGGCCUCCUAUGUUUGGCAUAAUUCUGGCCAAUGCGUUUAUUUUUGCUGUACCUUUAUCAAUUAUUUACUUUAUGUGUCCUGAAAAUUCCGGCCCUCUUUUCAAGACUACACCAAGCAUUUCUAGGGCUUUUAAUUACCAGGACUUCUGUCUUGUCUAUGGCCAGUGUGAGGCCCUUUCGUGCCAUCCAUUUCCUGACCUCUUUUACGGCAUCUUCAGUUUUUCUCACCAUGCUCGCCUCGUCCUCGCCAGUUACCAGGAGCGCCAAAUCGUCGGCGUAUGCGACCGCCUUUACCCCCGCCUCGUGUUCGAUCUCCAGUACCCCGUCAUACAUAACAUUCCAAAGGGUCGGCCCAAGGACCGAUCCCUGUGGAACCCCCAUAGUGCAUUUUAGUUUCAGCCUGCCCGACACGAUGUACCUUUCCCUAAAGGCACUCACAAUGUGGUUCCAGCCGGCGGUGUUAAAAGCAUUCCGGACAUCAAGAAGUACCAGCGCACACCAUCUCCCGUUCGAGUUCUUCACGAAACAGAUGACCUCCUUUAUGGCAGUAACUGUCGAUUUCUCUGGCUGGAAGCCAUGUUGCUGCGGUGACAAUUCGAUCUCCUCGGAGAUUCGAUCAACUAAAAGUCUCUCAAACAGUUUUGCCAUGGUAUUGAUCAGACAUAUGGGUCGAUAUGACGUAUCUAGUUCCGGAUCUUUUCCUGGUUUGUAUAUUAAAGCGACUCGGGCUGUUUGCCAUUUCACAGGGAAUGUUUGCUUACUUAAUAGACCGUUAUACAUUUUUAGGAACGCCUCCGGGGUAGCAUUGAAGAAAAACGUCAUCGUCUCCACAUCCAUAUCAUCAGGGCCCGGAGCCUUUUUUUUCUUCAUUCUUUUAAUAGCUUCCUCUAUUUCUUUCAGAGUGAAAAGUCGGUCAACUUCUUGGACGGUCCCGGGUCCACUGAAAAUUUCCCUACUUGUUGGGAAGAGUGUCUGCAGCACCUUCUUUUUUCGUCUAUAGUUUUCAGGUCGCGCACGAGUUCCAGGAUUACAUCUUCGUGAGGAUUAUUUAAAGCCCUCGCCCUUGAGGUUUUCCUUCGAGCUAUAUUUGCACUUUUCCAUGUCUCAUCGAUUUCUGGCGACCAUCAAUAUGGCUGUUUUCGCUGUCUGCUUUCCAGGUCUUUCUGCAGUACUUCCCGCGUUUUUUUCAGUUUUAUUACAUCAAUAUAGGUCCUAACCGGUUCCCUCGAGUGCACCUUUACUCUGCUGUGCAGGUGGAAACUGAUCUGCGCGUGACUGGUGAACCCAGGGUAACAUCAAUGUGGCUUUUAGAGUUUUCCCUUACGAAAGUGGGCGUGUUAUCAUUCGCUGAAGUCCAGUUCAACUGAGCAACGUAUAUAUAUUCCCCGCGGGCAUCAGUAAAAGGUGAUCCCCAUAUUGGGGAUUUCGAAUUAACAUCCCCAAUCAAAAGGGUCUUGCUUGGAUGUUUGUUUACUUCGCUGAAGAUUUCAUCAACUGAUUCCCGGAACUCGACCAACCUCUUGUUUGGUGAUAGAUACGCCGCAAUGAUACAGCAGUCCGCUUUUUAUUCAAGAUCACCACCGCCACGGAUUCGUUCGCGUCAGUUAUUCAGCCACUACUUUUUGCGAUUUUUUUGUUAGGCUCACUUACAAUUACCAGAUCUGAAGCGAGUUUAUGUGAAGUUAUCUGCAUAGUGUCGUGCGCUGCUCGCGCACGUCCUAGGUUCACCUAAGGUAUUUUAAUCGUCCCAGCCAUGUUGAUCGACGUAUUUGGUAAGAAUUAGUUUUAGAUUAUUUAUUUACUAGGAUUUAGUUAUUAGUUUUAGAUUGUUUAUUUACUAGAACUUAGUUAUUAGUUUUUGAUUGUUAAUUUACUAGGAUUUAGUUAUGAGUUUUAGAUUAUUUAUUUACUAGGAUUCAGUUGUUUGUUUUACUAUUUGGAUAAAAUUAAUUAAUUUGAA